CUCCCCUGUGUUUAACCAACUCAGGACACUAGCGCAGGAUCCACGCCUAAUUAAAUUAAUUAGGGAUUCUUGUCAAUCCUGGAUUAAUGGCCGAUAGCAACCCCUGGCCACAAUGAUCUGAAACCUGAAGGACUAGCGAUCUUCUGUCUCGCUCUUUCUCCUUGGUGGUGCUGGACUGAUACAGGAGAAGCGGGUUCAUUCAUAGUUCCAAGGGGAGGUAAUUUGCUCAGAACAAGGGGCAGGCUUUGCAAAGUAUAAAUAGUGCGACUUCAAUAGCAACAUCACUAUCAGAUCUGAACUCUUAGCAGGAAGAAUUGUUAAAGAUCUUAACAUUUAACAAGAUCGCUCCAGUUGGGAAACAUCAGCUCCCAUUUAACUCCAGCCCCAUUGCAGCUGCCCCCCUCCCCUUCCCACUCCAUUGAUGUGUUAUUGGGGGGGUUGGAACAGUAAGAGGAAGAAACAAGGGGACGGAGCCCUGAGAAUCGGCGAUGGAAGAACUUACAGCUUUUGUCUCCAAGUCGUUUGAUCAGAAAGUGAAAGAGAAAAAGGAGCUGAUCACCUACAGGGAGGUUCUGGAGAGUGGACCUGUCAGAGGAGCCAAGGAGUCAGGCGGCUCCAGCGAGCCCAGCCGGGAAGACGUGAGCAGCCCCGCGGUCCGAGCAGGAGGAGUAGGCGGCGGCGGAGGAGGAGGCGGAGCGCGGUCUCCAGUCAGAGAGCUGGACAUGGGCGCCGCCGAGAGAGCCAGGGACGCGGGCACUCCCAAACUCAGCGAGGUCUCCCCAGAGCUGAAGGAUCGCAAAGAGGAUGCGAAAGUGAUGGAGGACGAAGGGCAGACUAAAAUAAAGCAGAGGAGAAGCCGGACCAAUUUCACUCUGGAGCAGCUGAACGAGCUGGAGAGGCUUUUCGAUGAGACCCACUAUCCAGACGCUUUCAUGCGAGAGGAGCUGAGCCAGAGGCUGGGACUGUCCGAGGCCAGAGUGCAGGUCUGGUUUCAAAACAGAAGAGCUAAAUGUAGAAAACAAGAAAAUCAACUUCAUAAAGGGGUUCUUAUAGGAGCAGCCAGUCAAUUUGAAGCUUGCAGAGUUGCACCAUAUGUCAAUGUAGGUGCUUUGAGGAUGCCAUUUCAGCAGGAUAGUCAUUGCAACGUGACGCCCUUGUCCUUUCAGGUUCAGGCCCAGCUGCAGUUGGACAGCGCCGUGGCACACGCACAUCACCACCUCCACCCACACCUGGCCGCCCACGCCCCCUACAUGAUGUUCCCUGCGCCGCCUUUCGGCCUGCCAUUGGCCACACUGGCCGCGGAAUCCGCCUCAGCAGCUUCGGUGGUGGCAGCAGCGGCGGCGGCCAAGACCACCAGCAAGAACUCCAGCAUCGCUGACCUCAGACUGAAAGCCAAAAAGCACGCGGCUGCUUUAGGGCUGUGACUCCUCCCCCCGUCCCCCUCUCCUCCUCCACGACCACCUCUUGGGGACACUGCAAUCACACAGUCCAGAGGAUCACAACACAACACAUCCCUGCAAACACAAGCGAAAGGCUAAUGACUUCUGUGGGUCGAGUCCUAUUUAUGACUUAAUGCAAAACACACACAGAACCAGGUUGGAAAGAACAGAGACAUUAAAAAAAACACACCCACACACCCAGAGAGAGAGAGAGAGAGAGAGAGAGUAUGUGUGUGAAAGAGAGAGACCAGAUUUCUAAAAUCAAUUUAAAGAACAAAAAUAAAGAAAGAAAGGAAAGGAACAAAACCACUGUGAGGUAUUUCGUAGGUUAAGAAAUAUGAAGAGAAAUAAAUAUUAUUAAAGGAAAUCGAGAUGUGAGAGGGGAGACAAAAAGAAACAACUUUAACGGUUUUUUUUAAAUGGAGAAAAAAGAGAGAGAGACGAGAAACUGAAGGAAGAUAUAUACUUAUUUAAAGAAUUAGAUGAAAUAGACACGCAGCUGGGAAGUUCACAGGUUUUGAAACUGACCUUUUUCUGCGAAGUUCACUUUAAUACAAGAAAUUUGAUAAGAGAGGCGGGCCUCCUUUCACGUUGUAUCAGAUACUUGAGUUUAACAACCACGUCUGGAAAUAGUGAGAAGAAGAAAAGAAGAAUAAGAAAAAGAGACAAUGAUUUCUCUGAGAAUUUCUAAUGGGAAACUGUCCGGGAUAUUUCUUCCAGCAGAAUUCCGGGUUGCAUGUAUUUGUAUUUCAUUGAUGGCGUCCCUUUGAUUCACUUGCACUUCACCCUCAUCUUUAGUAGAAAAACAGAAAAGACAAACAAAUGUGGCUGAUAUUUUUAACCUCGGAGGAAAGAGAGAGCGAGAGAGAGAGGGAGAUCAACCACUACCUUUCUCAUUCAUAUCUUUUUUGGCUGUUUGCUGUCCCACUCCUGAAUUAGGGGCGAUCAGAAAGCAUGAGAACAGAGGAGUAUUUCUCUUUUGCAGGCUCUCUGAUGUCCUCAGGACAAAAAUUGUAUUUAAUUCCCCAACCACACAAUGUUAAAUUCCAAUAACAGGUACUAGGUACAAUGUAAAAUAUGUUGAUACACACGAACAAAGUUUAUUUUGGCUAUAACUUGUGAAUUGAUAGUUGACUGUCAAACAUUUACAUUUUAUCUCAUAAAGGUGUAUCUAUUGAAGUAAUCUUGUGAUUUUUUUUUUAAAUUUGAAAGACAUAUAGAUAUUUAAUCUGGGGUAUCUUGAUGAUUUGUAUCCCAGCUUGCCAUCAGACCCUCAUGACUUUAGUACUUUUCUGCCAAGAAAGAGGGAAAGCUCUUCUAAGUGAACUUUGGUAUGAACGGGCUUUGUAACUAUUUGUUCUCCAUGAAAACAAAAUUAUUUAUAUUCACCGUAUUUUUUCUAGUGUAUUUUAAGUUAUUUAAAAAGCCGAAAAAAGAUGCUGUUAUUUCAUUACAUUUGUUGUCAGUACAAUAUAUUUUGUUUCACUCAGGUUUGCUUCACCUUUGUUAAUGGUUUUUUGACGUCACAAUUUUCGUCACAAUAAGUGCCAAGUUAUGAAUUUAAGACACU